GCGUUUUGGUCGGCCAGCUCGAAGCGGCCGGGUAGGGAGACAUGACCACGUGACGCCGUUCAGCCGCGUCCUCCGCUCCAACGUGUCGCCAUGGAUGACCUAACCCAGGCACUCUCAGCCAGCUUCGCUGUGUCCAGGGAGCCCAACAGUACUGCAGCCCCUCAUCCCCGCCUGGCCCAGUACAAGAGCAAGUACAGCGUCCUGGAACAGAGCGAGAGACGCAGGCGCUUCCUUGACCUCCAGAAAACGAAGAGGUUCAACUAUGUGAACCAUGCGAGACAUCUGGCCGUAGGCGACUGGGCUGAGGCUGACAGCGAUGGAGAGGAGGACAUGGAGGAGAAGAAGGAGGGGGAGGGGAGGCGUGAGGAAGAGAAGAAUCCAGAGGAAGAGGGGAUGGAGGUUGAAAGGAGGAAGCUGCCGAAGCAUUACGCCAACCAGCUCAUGUUGUCCGAGUGGCUGGUGGACGUCCCGCCGGAUCUGGACUCUGACUGGCUGAUGGUGGUCUGCCCCGUGGGAAAAAGAUCCCUCAUUGUUGCCUCCAAGGGUUCCACUGCCGCGUACACUAAAAGCGGUUACUGUGUGAACCGGUUCCCAUCCCUGCUGCCCGGUGGGAACAGACACAACUCGGCCAUGGGAAAAGACUACACCAUCCUGGACUGCAUCUACAGUGAGGUCAACAGAACAUACUACAUCCUGGACGUCAUGUGUUGGAGGGGCCACCCGGUCUACGACUGCCCGACUGAGUUCCGUUUCUACUGGCUCCAGUCCAAGGUCCAGGAGGCAGACGGCCUGUCAGAGAUCGCCAAGCGAAACCCCUUCCAGUUUGUGAGUCUGAACAGCACCGACUGUACCGUGGAGUCCAUUCAGAGAGCGCUGGCAGUGGAGUACAGCUUUAUGGUGGAUGGUCUUCUCUUCUACCACCGUCAGACACACUACACCCCCGGCAGCACCCCCCUGGUGGGCUGGCUCCGUCCCUACAUGGUGUCUGACAUCCUGGGCAUGGAGGUUCCCCAGAGACCCCUCACAACAAAGCCGGAGUAUGCCAGUCACCAGCUGCAGCAGAUCCUGGAACACAAGAAAACGUCCAGCGAAGUUCGCCCGGCCGACCAGAAUGGACGCUACGAACUGGAGCACCUGUCCACACCUUGCCAGGAGGAGAACGGCGAAGGAGAAUGGCUGUCCAGUCCACCCCAGAAACCAACCAGGGAGGCUCAGAUGGAGAGCUGAGAUGAAAGCACGUUUCUAAAUCAAGACUUGUAGAGAAAAACGGCUCCCUGAAUGGGACUGACCGCCCUGAAGUUAGGCUAACGUGUCCAGAGCAGACCAGUGCAAUUUGCUGUCUAUCGCUUUUUCAUGGCUUCAGUUUUAAAUUCCACGAUGCAUUUGCUUUGAUUUUAUUGGAGUUUUUCUCAGAACUUCAGGGAGUGGAAAUGUCAGCGCUUUUUUGUGGCAGAAAGUUGUGAAGGAUUGUGUCUGGUUAUUAUAUUAGGUGUGACGUGGUCUGGUGCCUAAAUCUACUGGAAUGAAGACGCAUUCCACAGUUCAAAAUGUUUUCUGCAAUAUAGAUUAUAUUCCACAUAGAAAACCUCUCAUCUUCAUCAGCUUACUACCACUUACUUUACAUCCAACAUUAAUCUCAAAUAUCGGUAAUGUCAAAUGGUGAUGUAAAAGAGCAGAGCACAGGCAGGGUGGCUGAGUCUGAUGGGAGAUUUUACAAUCUUGUUUUCAACCAACAGAUGCUUGCUCAGAGUUUUUUUUAAAUGUGAAUGAAUAAAAAAAGUUUCUA